AUGAGGCGUGAACAAUCUAUUCUUGAGAAGUAUGAGAAACCAGUACUUCCAGCUAGGUUAAAAACUUCAUUGUCAUUUGGAACUCAAACAAAUCAUUUGGAAGUGAAAGUCCCAAGGCUAAAUACCGUUGUAGAAUUGUUCUCUCGUCCCUCAAUCGAAGAACUUAUGGAUUUGAGUAAUGCAAGAAAGAUAGAGAAAAUAUGUUCGGAUCAUUCUUUACCUAUUGGUCGCCCCCUAAAGAAAGAAUUUGAAUUUGCUGCAUUGGGUAGGAUUUUCUAUUUCCUUAAGACUAGAAAAGUAAAAGAUAUGAAUGAACAAACUUGCAAGGGUGUUCAGGUUUUAUGGAAAGAACUUGAGAAUUUUGAAUUCGAUCUUACAUGGCUUGAGCCUCAUGUGCAAUCUGCUUUAGAAAUGGAAAGUUACGUGGAGAAUGUUCUACAAGUUGAAAAGGUGAAGGAGGAUAUGGUAAUUCUAGAGUUGGAGAUGGAGAGACUCAAAGCAAAGUUGACUGCUUGUGAACUGAAUCUUAACGUGGAAAGAGAUUUGUUGAAAGCAAAAGGGUUAGAAAAGGUGGAUUUGGAUUCUGAACUAGGAUGUGGAACUUUAAUUUGA